AUCACUAGGCAAAUGCCUGUUGGCCUCGACCUACCUAGCAAGACUUGGUCUUUCCGAGUCUGAUGAGAAUUGUAAAAGAUUUAUGGAUAGGUGUAUGCCUGAAGCAUUUAAAAAGCUCCUGACAUCAAGUGCUGUUCACAAAUGGGGUACUGAAAUUCAUGAAGGAAUAUACAACAUGUUGAUGCUAUUAAUAGAACUGGUUGCAGAGAGAAUAAAACAAGAUCCAAUCCCCAUUGGCCUCCUGGGUGUGCUUACCAUGGCUUUCAAUCCUGAUAAUGAAUACCAUUUUAAAAACAGAAUGAAAGUAUCUCAAAGGAAUUGGGCAGAAGUGUUUGGAGAGGGAAAUAUGUUUGCUGUUUCACCCGUAUCUACCUUCCAAAAGGAGCCUCAUGGAUGGGUUGUGGAUUUGGUAAAUAAGUUUGGUGAAUUAGGUGGAUUUGCAGCAAUCCAAGCCAAGCUUCAUUCAGAAGAUAUAGAACUUGGGGCAGUCUCAGCAUUGGUGCAGCCAUUAGGAGUAUGUGCAGAAUACCUCAAUUCCUCAGUGGUACAGCCCAUGCUAGACCCAGUCAUCCUUACUGCAAUCCAGGAUGUGCGGAGCGUGGAAGAAAAGGACCUCAAAGACAAGAGGUUGGUCAGCAUUCCUGAGCUCUUGUCUGCCAUUAAGUUGCUGUGCAUGCGCUUCCAACCGGAUCUGGUGACCACUGUGGACGACCUGCGGCUAGACAUCCUGCUGCGCAUGCUGAAGUCACCACAUUUCAGUGCUAAAAUGAACUCCCUCAAAGAAGUAACCAAGCUAAUAGAAGAUAGCACUUUAUCCAAAUCUGUGAAGAAUGCUAUAGAUACAGACAGAUUAUUAGAUUGGCUAGUUGAAAACUCAGUUCUGUCGAUUGCGUUGGAAGGCAACAUUGACCAGGCACAAUACUGUGAUCGUAUAAAGGGAAUCAUUGAACUCUUGGGCAGUAAAUUGUCUUUAGAUGAGCUCACUAAAAUUUGGAAGAUACAGUCAGGACAAUCAUCUACCGUGAUCGAGAACAUCCAUACAAUUAUUGCUGCAGCAGCUGUGAAGUUUAAUUCAGAUCAGCUUAAUCAUUUGUUUGUUCUCAUUCAGAAGAGCUGGGAAACUGAGAGUGAUAGAGUACGACAGAAGCUAUUAAGCCUGAUCGGACGAAUAGGCCGGGAAGCUCGCUUGGAAACCACUUCCGGAAAGGUGUUAGAUGUACUGUGGGAACUGGCUCACCUCCCGACCCUGCCCGGUAGCCUCAUUCAGCAAGCCUUGGAGGAGCACCUGACGAUCCUGAGCGACACAUAUGCAGUGAGAGAAGCCAUCAAGAGGAGCUACAUCAUCAAGUGCAUAGAAGAUAUUAAAAGGCCUGGAGAAUGGUCAGGUUUGGAAAAGAAUAAGAAAGAUGGAUUCAAGCAAGGUGGGCUGACUGGGGAUUAUGUCUCCCUGCCAGGCUACACAGAAACUAAGCAAAGGUCAUCCCAGCUUAACAAUCCCCAGUUUGUAUGGGUGGUACCAGCUUUGCGUCAGCUCCAUGAAAUCACCCGCUCAUUCAUAAAGCAAACCUAUCAAAAGCAAGACAAGAGCAUUAUUCAAGACUUGAAGAAAAAUUUUGAAAUAGUAAAACUGGUAACAGGAAGCUUGAUCGCUUGUCACCGACUUGCAGCAGCCAUGGCAGGACCCGGAGGCUUGACCGGCUGCACGCUGGUGGAUGGCCGGUACACCUACCGGGAGUAUUUAGAGGCCCAUCUAAAAUUUCUGGCCUUUUUCUUGCAAGAAGCUACUCUGUAUCUGGGUUGGAAUCGUGCCAAGGAAAUCUGGGAGUGUCUUGUGACUGGCCAGGAUGUUUGUGAAUUAGAUAGAGAGAUGUGUUUUGAAUGGUUCACAAAAGGGCAGCAUGAUCUUGAAAGUGAUGUUCAGCAGCAGCUUUUCAAGGAGAAAAUUCUUAAAUUGGAGUCAUAUGAAAUCACUAUGAAUGGUUUUAACUUAUUUAAGACGUUUUUUGAGAAUGUGAAUCUCUGUGAUCAUCGAUUGAAAAGGCAAGGAGCUCAGUUGUAUGUAGAAAAACUGGAAUUGAUAGGAAUGGAUUUCAUUUGGAAAAUAGCUAUGGAAUCACCUGAUGAAGAAAUUGCUAAUGAAGCGAUUCAGUUAAUCAUAAAUUAUAGCUAUAUUAAUCUAAACCCUAGGUUAAAAAAGGAUUCUGUAUCAUUACAUAAGAAAUUCAUUGCUGAUUGCUACACAAGAUUAGAAGCAGCCAGUUCAGCACUGGGUGGCCCUACUCUAACACAUGCUGUGACCAGAGCAACAAAGAUGCUUACUGCAACUGCCAUGCCAACUGUGGCAACGUCGGUCCAGUCUCCGUAUAGAUCUACUAAACUUGUAAUAAUUGAGAGGUUGCUGCUUCUGGCAGAACGCUAUGUGAUCACUAUAGAGGAUUUUUACUCUGUUCCACGAACUAUUCUACCUCAUGGUGCCUCAUUUCAUGGACAUCUUUUAACUCUUAAUGUUACUUAUGAGUCUACCAAAGAUACCUUCACUGUAGAGGCUCACAGUAAUGAAACCAUAGGGAGUGUCCGGUGGAAGAUAGCCAAACAGUUAUGCUCUCCAGUGGAUAAUAUACAGAUAUUUACAAAUGAUAGUCUGCUGACAGUGAAUAAAGAUCAAAAGCUACUCCACCAGCUGGGCUUUUCUGAUGAACAAAUCCUUACAGUAAAGACUUCCGGCAGUGGGACCCCAUCAGGGAGCUCCGCAGAUUCCUCAACCAGCUCUAGCAGCAGCAGCAGUGGGGUUUUUAGUUCUUCAUAUGCCAUGGAGCAGGAGAAAUCUCUCCCUGGUGUAGUGAUGGCCCUUGUAUGUAAUGUAUUUGACAUGCUUUACCAGCUUGCCAACCUAGAGGAGCCAAGGAUAACUCUACGAGUACGAAAGCUUCUGCUCUUGAUACCCACUGAUCCAGCUAUACAGGAAGCCCUUGAUCAACUUGAUUCUUUAGGAAGAAAGGUUCUAAGCUCCAAACUCAUGCCAACAGCUGAUGAUGACAUGGCAAGAAAUUGUGCAAAAUCUUUCUGUGAGAACUUCCUCAAAGCAGGAGGUUUGAGUUUGGUUGUAAAUGUUAUGCAGAGGGAUUCUAUUCCAUCAGAAGUAGACUAUGAAACAAGGCAGGGAGUGUAUUCCAUUUGUCUGCAACUUGCAAGGUUUUUACUUGUUGGACAAACAAUGCCCACUGUUUUAGAUGAAGACCUCACCAAAGAUGGCAUAGAAGCCCUUUCUUCUCGCCCGUUCCGAAAUGUCAGCCGACAGACAAGCAGGCAGAUGUCCUUAUGUGGUACCCCAGAAAAGUCAUCCUACCGACAGUUGUCAGUGUCUGAUAGGUCUUCUAUUAGGGUUGAGGAAAUUAUCCCUGCCGCACGAGUUGCAAUACAAACAAUGGAAGUAAAUGAUUUCACUUCUACUGUGGCCUGUUUCAUGAGAUUGUCAUGGGCUGCAGCUGCAGGACGACUUGACCUUGUUGGGAGUAGCCAACCAAUUAAAGAAAGCAAUUCUCUUUUUCCUGCUGGAAUUCGAAACAGACUUAGCAGUUCAGGAAGCAAUUGCAGCUCUGGCAGUGAAGGAGACCCAGCAGCGCUGCACGCAGGCAUCUGUGUGCGACAGCAGUCUGUGUCCACCAAAGACUCACUGAUUGCUGGAGAGGCUUUGUCUCUUCUUGUUACGUGCCUACAGCUUCGGAGCCAGCAACUGGCAUCUUUCUAUAAUUUGCCCUGUGUGGCUGACUUUAUCAUCGAUAUUCUGCUUGGAUCACCAAGUGCUGAGAUUCGCCGUGUUGCCUGUGAUCAGCUGUAUACUCUUAGUCAGACAGACACUUCAGCUCAUCCAGAUGUGCAGAAGCCAAAUCAAUUUCUCCUCGGUGUGAUUCUUACUGCUCAACUGCCUCUCUGGUCCCCAACUAGUAUUAUGAGAGGAGUCAACCAGAGAUUAUUGUCUCAGUGUAUGGAGUAUUUUGAUCUGAGGUGCCAGUUAUUAGAUGACCUAACAACUUCUGAAAUGGAGCAGUUAAGAAUCAGCCCAGCUACUAUGCUUGAAGAUGAGAUUACCUGGCUGGAUAAUUUUGAGCCUAAUCGCACUGCUGAAUGUGAAACCAGUGAAGCAGACAACAUCUUACUAGCAGGACACUUACGACUCAUUAAGACCCUCCUUUCACUCUGUGGGGCAGAAAAGGAAAUGCUUGGUUCAUCACUCAUUAAACCAUUGUUAGAUGACUUCCUUUUCCGAGCUUCUAGAAUUAUUUUAAAUAGUCAUUCUCCAGCUGGCAGUGCCGCCAUCAGUCAACAGGACUUUCAUCCAAAAUGUAGUACGGUAAAUAGCAGAUUGGCAGCCUAUGAAGUCCUUGUAAUGUUGGCUGAUAGUUCACCUUCAAAUCUUCAAAUCAUUACAAAAGAACUCCUUUCUAUGCAUCAUCAACCUGACCCUGCCCUUACCAAGGAGUUUGAUUACCUCCCCCCCGUGGACAGCAGGUCCAGCUCAGGGUUUGUGGGCCUGCGGAAUGGUGGUGCCACGUGUUACAUGAAUGCCGUCUUCCAGCAGUUGUAUAUGCAGCCUGGUCUCCCUGAGUCAUUACUUUCAGUGGAUGAUGACACAGACAAUCCAGACGAUAGUGUAUUUUACCAAGUGCAAUCUCUCUUCGGGCAUUUGAUGGAAAGCAAACUGCAGUAUUACGUACCUGAGAAUUUUUGGAAGAUUUUCAAGAUGUGGAACAAAGAACUUUAUGUGCGGGAACAACAGGAUGCAUAUGAAUUCUUCACUAGUCUCAUUGAUCAGAUGGAUGAAUAUCUUAAGAAAAUGGGAAGAGACCAAAUAUUUAAGAAUACUUUUCAGGGCAUCUAUUCUGAUCAGAAGAUUUGUAAAGACUGUCCUCACAGAUAUGAGCGUGAGGAAGCUUUCAUGGCUCUCAAUCUUGGAGUUACUUCUUGUCAGAGUUUGGAAAUUUCUUUGGACCAGUUUGUUAGAGGAGAAGUUCUAGAGGGAAGUAAUGCGUAUUACUGUGAAAAAUGUAAAGAAAAGAGGAUUACAGUGAAAAGGACCUGUAUUAAGUCUUUGCCUAGUGUCUUGGUGAUUCACCUAAUGAGAUUUGGAUUUGAUUGGGAGAGUGGACGAUCCAUUAAAUAUGAUGAACAAAUAAGGUUUCCCUGGAUGCUGAAUAUGGAGCCUUACACAGUUUCAGGAAUGGCUCGCCAGGAUUCAUCUGCUGAAGUUGGUGAAAAUGGGAGAAGUAUGGAUCAGUGUGGUGGAGGAUCUCCACGAAAAAAAGUUGCCCUCACAGAAAACUAUGAACUUGUCGGUGUCAUCGUGCACAGUGGACAGGCCCAUGCCGGCCACUACUACUCCUUCAUUAAGGACCGGCGGGGGUGUGGAAAAGGAAAGUGGUAUAAGUUUAAUGACACAGUCAUAGAAGAAUAUGACCUAAAUGAUGAGACUCUGGAAUAUGAAUGCUUUGGAGGAGAAUAUAGACCAAAAGUUUAUGAUCAAACAAACCCAUAUACUGACGUACGCCGAAGAUACUGGAAUGCCUAUAUGCUCUUCUACCAAAGGGUGUCCGAUCAAAACUCCCCAGUAUUACCAAAGAAGAGCCGUGUCAGUGUCGUUCGGCAGGAAGCUGAGGAUCUCUCUCUGUCAGCACCAUCUUCACCAGAAAUCUCACCUCAGUCAUCUCCUCGGCCCCAUAGGCCUAACAAUGACCGACUUUCUAUUUUAACUAAGCUGGUUAAAAAAGGUGAGAAGAAAGGACUGUUUGUGGAGAAAAUGCCUGUUCGAAUAUAUCAGAUGGUGAGAGAUGAGAAUCUCAAGUUUAUGAAGAACAGAGAUGUGUACAGUAGUGAUUAUUUCAGUUUUGUCUUGUCUUUAGCAUCAUUAAAUGCCACUAAACUAAAGCAUCCAUAUUAUCCUUGCAUGGCAAAGGUGAGCCUGCAGCUUGCCAUUCAGUUCCUUUUUCAAACUUAUCUACGGACAAAGAAAAAACUCAGGGUUGACACUGAAGAAUGGAUUGCCACUAUUGAAGCAUUACUAUCAAAAAGUUUUGAUGCUUGUCAGUGGCUGGUUGAAUAUUUUAUUAGUUCUGAAGGACGAGAACUGAUAAAGAUUUUCCUGUUGGAGUGCAAUGUGAGAGAAGUACGAGUUGCUGUGGCCACCAUUCUGGAAAAAACCCUAGAUAGUGCCUUGUUUUAUCAGGAUAAGUCAAAAAGCCUUCAUCAGUUACUGGAGGUGCUACUUGCUCUGUUGGAUAAAGAUGUCCCAGAAAAUUGUAAAAAUUGUGCUCAGUAUUUUUUCCUGUUCAACACUUUUGUACAAAAGCAAGGUAUCAGGGCAGGAGAUCUCCUCCUGAGACAUUCUGCUCUGCGACACAUGAUUAGCUUCCUCCUCGGGGCAAGCCGGCAAAGCACUCAGAUACGUCGUUGGAGUUCAGCACAAGCUCGAGAAUUUGGGAAUCUUCACAAUACAGUGGCAUUACUUGUUUUGCAUUCAGAUGUCUCUUCCCAAAGGAACGUUGCUCCUGGUUUGUUCAAACAACGGCCACCUAUUAGCAUUGCCCCUUCGAGCCCCUUGCUGCCCCUCCACGAGGAAGUAGAAGCACUGUUGUUCCUGUCUGAAGGGAAACCUUACCUGCUAGAGGUAAUGUUUGCUUUGCGAGAACUGACAGGCUCACUGCUGGCCCUCAUUGAAAUGGUGGUGUACUGCUGUUUCUGUAAUGAACAUUUUUCCUUCACUAUGCUGCAUUUCAUUAAGAACCAGCUAGAAACAGCUCCACCCCAUGAGUUAAAGAAUACAUUCCAGCUACUUCAUGAGAUAUUGGUCAUUGAAGAUCCUAUACAAGUUGAACGAGUCAAAUUUGUGUUUGAGACAGAAAAUGGAUUACUAGCUCUGAUGCAUCACAGUAAUCACGUGGACAGCAGUCGCUGCUAUCAGUGUGUCAAAUUUCUUGUAACACUUGCUCAAAAGUGUCCUGCUGCUAAAGAAUACUUCAAGGAGAACUCCCACCACUGGAGCUGGGCUGUGCAGUGGCUGCAGAAGAAGAUGUCAGAACAUUACUGGACACCACAGAGUAAUGUCUCUAAUGAAACAUCAACUGGAAAAACCUUUCAACGAACGAUUUCUGCUCAGGACACACUGGCAUAUGCCACAGCUUUACUGAAUGAGAAAGACCAGUCGGGAAGCAGUAACGGCUCGGAGAGCAGUCCUGCGAAUGAGAAUGGAGAGAGGCAUUUACAGCAGGGCUCUGAGUCACCCAUGAUGAUUGGCGAGUUAAGAAGUGACCUUGACGAUGUGGAUCCCUAGAGGAGCAAGCCCAGCGCGCCAGGCAGGGUCAGGUCACAGUUACUGGAUGCUCACACCCUUUUGAACUGGACUCUCAUCCUUGAACCUUGAGAAGAGCCUGGAGACUGGAGGGAGAGCCUGCCGUGACUCUGGAGGAAGUGUGCGUUUUUAAUGAAAGUGCUCUGCGGCCCCAGGAAUUCUCGGGAGCUAGUUGGCAGCAGAACUCCAUCCAGCCUGUGCACCAUCCGUCCGGUGCACAGUCCAGACGUGAUUCACAUUCUCGGUAGAGGUUUUAGGAAGGAAAGCCGGUGGCAGACUUUCUGUCAUAGGAACAUACAAGAGUGAGGGGAAAAUUGUUGGUUUCUCUGUGAUACUACGAAACAAAUUCCUUU